AUGAAUUGUCUCGGCCUCCUCAUCCUGCUGACCGUGGCCGGGCUGGCACAGAGCAUCCAGUACACCUGUGGAGGGACCUGUGGACUCCGAGCUGUGCCAUCUGUCUAUCACCCCACAAAUAAUUCCUACGGCAACGUGGCUUAUGACUCCGGCAUGAUACGCGUCGUGGGUGGCACAGGUGCCAAGCUAGGGGCCUGGCCCUGGAUCGUCAGCAUCCAGCACCCCUGGAUACCACGCCUGAAGCAUCUGUGUGGAGGGUCCCUCAUCAGCACACAGUGGGUCCUCACAGCAGCCCACUGCUUCGAUGAGGUCACGGAAAUCAGCAUGUUGUAUGUGGUAAUCGGGGCCACCCAGUUGACUAAGCCGGGCCAUGGGGCCCAAGUGCGCCAUGUCAAGCAGGUGCUGAUACACCAGUACUACAACCAUGAUGACAUGAGCUAUGAUAUUGCCCUGAUGGAAUUGGACCAUCCUGUCCAGUGCAGUCCCUACAUCCAGCUGGCCUGUGUGCCCGACACCACACUGAGACUGUCAGAGCUCAUCAACUGCUGGGUGGCUGGCUGGGGUGCCACCACUGCAAGAGCUCAAAAAUCAACUGAUCAGCUGCAGGAGGCCAAGGUCCAGCUCAUCGAUGUCCAGCUCUGCAACAGCAGUGGCUGGUACGGAGGGAAAAUCCACACCCACAACUUGUGUGCUGGUUACCCACAGGGCACCAUCGACACCUGCCAGGGUGACAGCGGUGGUCCUCUCAUGUGCCAAGAGAAAAACAGUGACUACUGGUGGGUCAUUGGAAUAACCAGCUGGGGAAGAGGCUGUGCCAGAGCAAGGCAUCCUGGAAUUUACAUCUCCACUCAGUACUUCUAUGACUGGAUCCUAUUCCACAUGAACCUGAGCCCAGAUGGAAGUUCCUCUCCAACAUCUCGGGCAUGUAGUCAUUUUCUAAUUACUUCACACCCCUGGAGUCAGUAUAUUCCCACCCCACAAUCCUCUCAGAAGAUAUGGCCAAGACCAACCCCCUCUCCAAAACCAAUUCCAGUACCAACAUUUGUCAAAGGUAAAUGCCCAUUUUCCAUCAAGAUUCUGCUGGAAUUCUUUACUCAAGUGAAGGAACUCCUCCAGAAGACCUUUGGUCAGAACACAUCUUGA